AUGCUCGGGUUCUUUUUCACGACCGUCGGCGACGUCGUCACGCGAGGCGAAGGACCGCUCGAGCAGCUCGUCGACGAGGAGAUGUUCAUAGGUGCGCACGCGUCGUCGGUUCUGUUUCACCCACCGCGGUUCACCCUCGUCGUGAACCACGUGAACCCGUACGAGCUCGCGAAGGACGCGCUCGAGGUGGCCGGGUUCUACGUCGAGAGCGUGUUCGUGCUGUGGGUCACGCUGGGUCUGGUGUUCCUCGCCGCGGUGCAGCAAGGCAACGCGCUCGGGAAGCCGGUGCGAACCUAUUCCAGCGCAAACGCCAAAGCGGCUAAAAACGGCGCCAAACGCGUCGACGCCAUCACCGCGGGGGUCAAGGAGGCCAUCACGGACGUCGUCAGGGAGCAGCGGCCGUACGAGGUCUUCAACGGGAGACUCGCGAUGUUGGGGAUCACGUUCGCGAUCGCGGGGGAUAAGGUGACCGGCGGGAUGGGCCCGCUGGAGCAGUUGAGGGGGGAGACGGGGGUGCCGGUGAUCGAAGUGGAGCUCUUCGCGGCGUUCUUUUUAUUCGGCGUGUUCUUUAACGUCGUCGCGACGGGCGUUACCGUUGGGAAGCGCGCGUGGCAGAGCGGGAAGAAGGUGAUGUAG